AUGAAGGCCAGCCUGGCUCUCCUAACCUUCCUGCUUGCCGUGGCCACCCUCCACUCUGAGGCCAAUGAAGGACCAACUCAGGACCAGGUUACUCGCUGCUGUUUCUCCUUCACCUCUCGGAGAAUCCCACUCCGUUUUGUGAAAGAUUAUUACUUGACUACAACCCAGUGCCUCACCCCAGGGGUCAUCUUCCUCACCAGACGUGGGAGACAUAUUUGUGCCAACCCCAGUGAUGCCUGGGUGCAGCAGUACAUAGAACAUCUGGAACUCCAGUAG